AUGUUUUUAUUCGAAGAUCCAUCAUUUUAUCAACAAAGAUCCAAUCAAGGAUAUAGACAAAGAAGACAACCAGUCUAUUAUGAAAAUCCAUAUCAUUCAAGAUAUUACGAGGAGGAAGAUGAAGAAGAUCAAUACCGAUUGUACUUGGGUAAAUUAAGACAACAGAAGUUGGCUGAACAAAAGAGACAACAACAAUUGGAGUAUGAGAGACAACAACAGCAACAGCAACAAGUUGAGUUGGAAAGAAAAAGAAAGUUACUAGAACAACAAAAAUUAAAGCAGCAACAAUAUCAACAAUACCAACAACAAUUCAAUCAACAACAACAACAACGACAAAAACAACAACAACAAAAACAACAACAAGUUAAAUUUACACCAAAAUAUAAAAUUAAUGAAAUUGAUGGUGUUGUUGUUAUCAGUAUGGAACUACCAGGUUUCAAGAAGGAAGACAUCAAUAUUGCAGUACAAGAUUUAACAUUGAUUCUCUCUGGAACCAAGAGUCAUGCAGAAGAAGUAAAGUCAAGAGAAGAUACACCAUACUUUGAAGAGAUUGAAGAUCAAGAGAUUGAUUUUAUCAACUCAACAUCAUCCCCUAUCCCAUCUACUCGUAAGCCAACCGUAAAGAAACAGCCACUCGUCACACCAAAACAAAUCGAGAGUUUCAACCAAUCAUUUGAACUCUCAAAGAAUUUAGAUUUGCAUUCUAUCACUGCCAAACAUCAAGAUGGUCUUCUUACAAUUAAGAUGGAUGACGUUGAUUAUAUCAAUAACAACAAUAAUAAUAAUAAUAACAACAAUAAUAAUGGUGGUGGUGGUAGUGGUGGUAUAACAACGACAACUACAACAACCACUACAAGUAGUAGUUCUGGUUCAAGGUAUAACAAUAGUAGCAAUGGUGGUAGUCAAUAUGGAUAUCCGCCAUCUAUUACAAGAUCUACAACAUCAUCAUCGUCAUCUUCAUCAUCAUCUAUAGCAUCUUCAUUGUCUUCACUACCUUCAAACGGUAACUUUACAAAUUAUAAAAGUAAUCCUCAUUUUAAACAUUAUGGUUUACCUAAAUAUAUACCAUCUAGUAUUGAAAAUAAAGAAAAACAGGUUAAGAAUGAUGAGACAAACGUUUUAAUUAGAUCUUUAUUAAAGAAUACUAUUAGAAUGAAAAGUGAUAUCGACAGAGAUGAUGAAAUGCAAAUUCCACAAUCGACAACUUCAACAAGUACAACAACAUCAUCAUCACCAAACAGUAGUAAAAAGAGAUCAAGUACAAAAUCAUCAACAAACAACAAUAAUAAUAAUAAUAAUAAUAAUAAUAAUAAUAGUAAUGAUUAUAAAAAGAGGAAAUCAACAUAA